AUGGCAGCUGGAGAGGGUGGCACCGGUCGGCCUUCCUUUGCCGAUCUGGUGAGUGCAGUCCCUCAACCUAUUCCGGAGAUGGUUCUUGCACCCAGGAUUCCAAAGGUGCUGGAUGGUGAGGUUUAUUUUCAGUUUACCAAAGAAGAAAUAGCAAGAUCAGCGGAACCUUUCCGAUAUUCUGUUGUUCUCAAGUUCUUGAAGAAUCGUCCGUCAUUGGAUACGGUGAGGGCUUUCAUUCACAAUCGAUGGGGACUUACAGCCACUCCAGUAGUUUCUGCUAUGAGGAGACCGCGAAAUGUGUUUGUUCGUAUGUCUAAUGAUGUGGAUUUUACCAAAGCAUUAUCACGGGAGGUUUGUGAAAUAAAUGGGAUAUUCUACCGUGUCUUUAGAUGGUCUCCUGAGUUCAAUGAGGAUGCCGAACCCUCAAGGGUUCCGGUGUGGAUUUCUUUGCCGGGGCUUCCUCCAAACUUUUAUCAAGAAUCCUUCUUGAAGAUGUUGAUGGCACCGAUUGGAACGUUCAUUAGACGUGAUAAUCCGACGAGGUGCGCUACUAGAACGGAUGGAGCACGGCUUUGUGUGGAAGUGGAUGCUGCAAAACCUCCUUUGUCGCAUUUCUGGAUUGGAGUGCCUGGAGUUUCCUCUAGCCGAAAGCAAGAAAUAGUGUAUGAAACACUUCCGGCUUUUUGUUCGUCAUGCAAGAUGCAGGGUCAUGAUGUUCGAACUUGUAAUCCCGGAAAAGCUGGUAAGAAAGGGGGGAGAAAAGAGAGUACGAAAGGUUUGUUGGAUGAUCAAGAGGUAGCUCCGAAUGAAGAUAAGGUUGAAACUCCUUUGCUGGUUCUUGAAGAUAAAGAAACAGAGGAUGUGGUGGUGGAAAAGGAGACGGAAGCAGUAGGUAUAGGUCAGGUGCAAUUGGAUGCCGAGAAGGAAGUGUUGCCAAUGCAGGUGGCAGACCAAUUGGUGCAGGUGGAUUCUGAGGAUAAGGAAAAACUGGAGCAGAUUGGAGAAGAAAAUCAUACGGUGAUCACUAACGGGGUGCAGUUGAAGUCUUAUGUUGGAACAGAGGAUGCAACAGAUCUAAUGCUACACGUUGGGGUCGCAGAUGGUGCAGGGAUGGUCACGGAUGCUGAUUAUGUGAUGUCUAAUAUGGAUGUAAAUCAGAGUUUCCGUGCGGAUAAUAAUGGAAUGACAAUGGAGCAGAUGCAACCAGUGGGGGAGGCGGAUAGUGCUGAGGACGUUAAUGAAGAAGUUGAUGAAGAAACCAUGUUGGAAGAGAAUUGUUCUUCUGAACCAGAACCGGAACAGCAUCCAGAGAGGGGUGGGAACAUCUAG